CCGCUCCCCCUCUGGCCAUGGCGGCCAAGGUGGACCUCAACACCUCCACCGACUGGAAGGAGGCCAAAGCUUUCCUGAAGGGCCUGAGUGACAAGCAGAGGGAGGAGCAUUACUUCUGCCGAGACUUUAUCAAGCUGAAGAAAAUACCAUCCUGGAAGGACUCGGCCAAAGGGGCUGGUGGCAAGGAGGACGAGCCCGAGUACAAGAAGGACAAGACCCUGAAUGAGAAAAUCUCGCUCUUCCGCGGAGACAUCACCAAACUGGAGGUGGACGCCGUUGUGAACGCGGCCAACAGCUCCCUGCUCGGAGGCGGCGGCGUGGACGGCUGCAUCCACUGUGCUGCGGGGCACCUGCUGACCGAGGAGUGCCGCACUCUUCACAGCUGCGAGACGGGCAAAGCCAAGAUAACGGGGGGCUACCGCCUGCCCUCCAAGUAUGUCAUCCACACCGUGGGGCCCAUCGCUCAGGGAGACCCCAGCCCCAGCCAGGUCCCGGAGCUGCAUAACUGCUACCUGAACAGCCUGCAGCUGGCACUGGAAAACCGCCUGAGAUCAGUGGCCUUCCCUUGCAUCUCCACAGGGGUCUUUGGUUACCCCAAUGAAGCCGCAGCCGAAGUAGUUCUGGGCACCCUCCGACAAUGGCUGGAAGAACACAAGGACAAGGUGGAUCGACUGAUCAUCUGCGUGUUCCUGGAAAAGGAUGAGUUGAUCUACCACAAGCAGCUGCCUCACUUCUUCCCCGUGGCCUGAUGCUGUCCCUCCCCACUCCCCAAGACUGAUGCUCCCACGGGGCUGCAGUCCCAGCUCUGAGGACAUGAGACUGUUCACCCCCUCCAAACUACCCUAAAACCCAGGACCUCUUUUCCCCCAAGACCCUCCCACAGGAAUGAGGGUCUCCCAGUAUUCAAUAAAGGCUUCU